UACAAACAGUUCUAAUCGCGAUUUCGAGGCACACGGUUGUCGUCAUUAAAAGUUUAUCGGUUUAUGUCUCUGUUUAUGUGGUGUAUACACUUCUCACGGAUAAUUUGUUUACGACAGUUACAGAGUUAUAGUUGCGUCAUGUUUAUGUUGUGAAUGAAUUGAGUAUAUUAUAGUUAAACACGGCGCACUGAUUAUAACAUGCGACAUUAUAACAUUAUUCAAUACUCUUGAUCGAAUUAGAGUAUAAUGUUAAGUGCACAAAUGACACGAUCUAUAACCAAUUUUUUAGCUCCAAGUGCUCAAUUUAAAACAAGUGAUCAUCCAACAUUGACGAAUCGUUUAAGUACCAGUUUCUAUCUAACCGAUAAAUCGGAAGCGAUGCCACACCGUUCGGAAUAUAAUAGUUCAAUCGAAAAUAAUUCAUCGCCCAUCAAUUGCCAUUCGCCCCAUUCGCAGGAAGCUAUGUCACCGUCGGCAGAAAAAAUCACCUCCAAUGGAUAUUCACACAGUAAAGAGAUUUAUCAACACAAUCAUUUCACAUCUAGUCCACCACCACGGAAAUCGUUUUGUAUAGAUGCGCUACUGUCGGAAAACCAAUCGGGCUUGUGCGGUGACAUAAAUGCUGACCGAUCAAUACACGCAAACGAUUGUAUGACCGACGAGGAAGCACUGAAAAGAUUCAGUGAAGAUAGGAAAGAUUUGACACCUAGUCCCGACGAUGCAAUGUCAAGGUCCGAAUCACCAUCAUCACAAAGAUCAAGUCCACCGAUAAGUCCAGGAUGCGAAGAUCAAAUAUUAGAUUUACCACCUCACCUGCAAGACCCAUUCAAAAAACCAAUGCCUCCAUUCCGACAACAAGAUUUUCAACACUUCUACAGCGGAUAUCCCUACCAUUUAAUACAACACGGUGGAUCGGCGUUUCACAGACCUAUGGAUGCGUCCGGAAAACCAUUACCUAUUCACAUGUCGCAUGGAUUUGUACCACCCCAUCUAUCUCUGGAAAUCUUAGCGAAGGCUGGUAUGUUUCAUCCGCAAUUACCAAACCUAGCAGGUAUGCAACAUAUGCAACACGCAAUGCUGGGCAAAACUAGACGACCGCGAACUGCAUUUACAUCGCAACAACUUUUAGAAUUAGAAAAGCAAUUUAAACAGAGCAAAUACUUGUCACGACCGAAACGAUUUGAAGUCGCAAGUUGUCUACAUCUAUCCGAAACACAGGUUAAAAUUUGGUUCCAAAAUCGUCGCAUGAAGUGGAAACGAUCAAAGAAAGCUCAACAAGAGGCCAAAGAAAAGAAAUCGUCGACAUCAUCGUCAUCGUCGUCGUCUGCAUCAAUAACAGCUUCAGUUAUAGCACCGUCCGUUCCGGUUGAUGUUUCCCUGCAUAAAGGCGAUCCCACCCAUCACAUAGAAAGCGGUGCCAAUUGUAACGGUUUACCGAAAAACCUGACCAAUCUUGACCAACAUCGACAUAAUGUGAAUUUAAUGCCAAAUAUGAAUGAUUACAGUAAUUUGGACGAGAAUGUUAACAAUAAUGGCAUCAUGAGACGACCAUUAUUCAUUCCGGAUGGCGGACAGAAUGGCGAUAUGUUUAGACCGUAUGUAGUUUAGAAGAUCUGGGAUGUUUGUGUUGGGAAGGAAAAAGCAAAAAAAACGAAAUUUUAUUCCGGAGAAAGUCUUUAAAAUGAUCUUGACAAUGAUAAAGAUGCAGAAAAAAAACGUUUUGCGGGCGGUUAAUGACACAGUAUGUUAAAACUAAUGAAGUAAAAGAUUUUGAUUUCUGAUGACGACCACAAGAAGUAACAGAUUCUAUGAUUUUGGUGAUAUAAGCUUGCCGUCUGCGAAAGGUUGAAUAUUUUAACACAAUGAAAUAUUGGCACAUCUAGUCUUUAGAAUUUAUUAGAAUGGUAAGUAUCUAAUUCAAGCGAAGAGUAAACAUACAUAACACACAUAUAAAAUUUAUGUAAAUAACAAAUAUAUUUUAAAUUGUAAAUAUGUUUUGAUUAUGUUCUACUGGGCGGCGUGUAACCAUUUUGUUUUAAAAGUUUUAAUUUUAAACAUGGAAUUAAGAUCAUUCAGUGAAUAUAUUUGUAAGCUCCCUCAUUUUGCCAGUAACUAAUUUUCGGAACUUAAAGCACAAAGAUGAAGAAAAAAAAAUUAAUUAAAAUUCGACAAGUGGUAUACUAUAAAUUUAGCUUUUAAUUUAACCGAGAAUCGGUUCAGACACUUUUCUUUUUGGAUAAUGUUCCUAACAAAAUGUAAAAUUUUUAUUCAACAGUGUUAGGAUGUAAGAGUGGCAAGAAAUAGUAAAAACCAAAAUUAACAUGUCAAUAAAAUGUUAUGUUCA